AUGGCUCCUAUGGCUCCUCCGUUGGUUUAUCUCCUCCCGCUCAAUGAUGCUGGUGCUCCUGCUAUUGCUGGGGAUUUUAUCAAUCUACCUCCUCCACGUACGCCAUAUGUUCUGCGGUUUUCAAUCGAGGGUGCCAGUUCCAUCUGUCGUCAAGGCAGCCUUUGGAUCAACGUUCCUGAGAAAGAUAAGGAAUUUGAACGUGAAAAUUUCAGAGAAUACAAGCUAUCUCCAUCGUUCUCUCGCACUCUACACAUCGAUGUCCCUAUAACACGAGCGGGUACCUUUGGUUAUUACUUGACCUAUACCCCACUUCCUCCAUUCAGUUCAGCGCCUUCGCCUGAUAGCUCGACGAAACCGAUCAAGACUGAUAUCCGGUACUUCACCGUUUCUCCGUGCCUCGCAAUCAACAACAAGCCCCUUCCUCUCGAUGCCCUCUCAAUAUUCUCUGUUAUAUCAAAAUGGCUCGGACCAGUUGAAAAAUGGGACGAUCACAUGAAGUACAUCGCCGACAAGGGAUACAACAUGGUUCACUUUACCCCAAUGAUGCAUCGGGGUGCUUCGAACUCGCCUUACAGCAUUUUCAAUCAAUUAGCUUACGAUCCAGAGGCGUUUCCCAACGGAACUGAUGAUAUCCUUGCUAUCGUAAAAACGAUGGAAAAGCAACAUGGCCUUCUUAGUCUUACUGACGUUGUUUGGAACCACACCGCACACAACUCUGAAUGGCUACAAACUAACCCAGAAGCCGGUUAUAAUCUUGUUACAGCCCCUUGGCUAGAGGCGGCCUAUGAACUCGACACAGCACUAUUGGAUUUUGGUAGUAAACUCGAGCUUCUAGGAUACCCGGCCGAGCUUGAGACCAAAGACGAUCUACUCAAGGUCAUGGAGGGUGUAAAGACCCAUGUGAUCGGGGCGCUGAGGUUAUGGGAGUUCUACGCCCUGGAUGUGAAAGCAAACGCAGAAGCAGCUUUAGAGAUUUGGACGUCUGGGAAGUCAACCCUCUCAAAGUUUGCAGGACAAUCAGACCACUCGAAGGAUCUUUCGCUAUACGAUAAAGCCCAACUUCUUUCUAAGCAUGGACUUAUCGGUGGAGAUAGACUUGGUGAAAGAUACCGCCGCAAAAUCGACCCCGAGGUCGGAGCAGCGUUCCUCGAGCUAGAAUUUGGGAAAUCUUCAGGUAAACCCGAUGCCGAAGAGAUCGAGAAGGUAAAGAGCGAGUAUACGAAGGUCCUAGAUGAGCUCAACCUUCCUUACUACAAGGAAUACGACGAAGAUAGCUCCGAAAUCCUUGAGCAAUUAUAUAAUCGUAUUACAUACCUCCGCGUCGAUGCCCACGGACCCAAGAUGGGGAAAAUUACCAAAGAAAACCCAUUGAUAGAGACCUACUUCACCCGGCUCCCCAAGAACGAAAAAACGGCAAAACACGAUCCAAAGAGCCUGGCAUUGGCUAAUAACGGCUGGAUUUGGAACAAUGUCGCAGACUUUGCAGGUCCCAAUUCUAGAUCUUAUUUACGCCGUGAGGUCAUUGUUUGGGGAGACUGCGUGAAACUUAGAUUUGGAGAGAAACCUGAGGACAGCCCAUUUCUUUGGGAUUUUAUGGUCAGAUAUACCAAGCUCAUGGCUCAGUGCUUUCAUGGGUUCCGUAUCGACAAUUGUCACUCAACUCCUCUUCAUGUUGGGCAGUAUCUACUCGAUAUUGCUAGGCUAGAGAGAAACGACUUAUACGUUGUUGCAGAACUUUUCACCGGAAGCGAAGAUGAAGAUAGAAAAUUCGUCGAAAGACUUGGCCUUGGAAGUCUUGUCCGUGAAGCUAUGGUUGCAUGGGGCCCCGGAGAGUUGUCAAGACUUGUUCAUCGCCAUGGUGGGAAGCCGAUUGGGAGCUUCGAGCAAGAAUUCAUUAUUAGAGGCAGUGAAAAGACAAAUGGGGAGGCAAAUGGGAAUGCCAACGGUGGUCGCGAUGGAAGAGAAGUGAUCAAGGCAGUUACGGCAAGCCCGAUACAUGCCCUUUUCAUGGACUGUACCCAUGACAACGAAACUCCAACCCAGAAGAGAACACCGCAAGAUACUCUUCCCAACGGAGCCUUAGUAGGGAUGUGUGAUUGUGGUAUUGGUUCGGUCAUGGGUUACGACGAAGUCUAUCCGAAGUUGUUGAAUUUAGUGACUGAACCAAGAGUUUACUACCCACCACCUGCCCAGCUAGACGAAAAGACUCCAGGUAUCGGAAAGGUCAAGGCCCUCAUUAACCGUAUCCACGAAGAGAUGGGCCGAGAUGGUUUCACUGAGAUGCAUGUCCACCAUGAGGGGGAGUACGUCACUGUCCAUCGGGUACACCCUAAAAGCCAUAAGGGUUAUUUCCUUGUAGCACAUACAGCGUAUAACUCAGGAGAUGCCCGAGGGGACUUCAACCCGAUCGUUCUUAAUGGGCCGAAGGUUAAAGUUCUCGGUAGCUGGAAGUUAAAGGUCAACGACGCUGAAGAGGCAAAGGCCACGGUCUUGGAAGAUCCAAAGUACCUUAUUGGGCUUCCUGCGGAGGUAGUGGACUUAGAAAAUCCGGCUAUCGAAGAGAAGGGGACUACGACAACAAUCACCAUCCCGGAAAAAUUCCCCCCAGGAAGUAUCACUCUACUAGAGACAUGGAUUCCGGGAAUGGAGGGUGAAGCCCUGGAUAAGUUUGUAAUCAGUGGGGCAGAGGAGGCAUUUGCUAAUACAAGCUUGGCUGAACUCAACUUUAUUCUGUACCGUGCAGAAUCCGAGGAGAGGGACUCGAGUGGGAAUCAGGACGGUUGCUAUAAUAUCCCUAACUUCGGACCCUUGGUUUAUGCUGGGCUUCAAGGUUGGUGGUCCGUAUUGAAGGAUAUAAUCAGAAAUAACGAUCUUGCACAUCCCCUUUGCCAACACCUUAGGGAGGGGCAGUGGCCGCUUGACUACAUAGUUGCCAGAAUGGAAAGGCUAGAGAAGCAGGGUCAUAAAGGACUAGCUGGGCCGACACAAUGGCUCAAAGAGAGAUUCGACAGAAUUAGACAGGUCCCUGGAUUUCUGCUUCCUCGAUACUUUGGAUUGGCCAUCCAAACGGCAUAUACCACAGCUGUUGAGAGAGCCACCAAUCAAUUCACAAAUGACAUCAACCAAGGCACGGAAUUUCUCAAGGGACUGUCAUUGGUCUCUUUACAAAUGACUGGAUUCAUGAAGUCUACUUCGUUAUGGCCAAAUAAGGAGGUCGCUUGUAUGGCUGCUGGUUUACCUCAUUUUUCAUACGAUUACAUGCGUUGUUGGGGUAGAGAUAUCUUCAUCUCAAUACGCGGUCUCUAUCUCGCAACUGGCCGCUACGAGGAUGCAAAAGAACAUAUCCUGGCUUUCGGCUCCGUACUUAAGCACGGGAUGAUCCCGAAUCUCCUUGAUAGCGGACGCAAACCACGAUACAAUGCUCGUGAUAGUAUUUGGUUUUACCUCCAAAGUAUACAGGAUUACAUCGAAAUGGUUCCGAACGGAGUUGAUAUCUUGAAGGAAUCAGUUAAACGGCGUUUUUUGCCCUAUGACGAUACUUGGUUCGACUACGAUGAUGAGCGGGCCUACAGCAGGGAAAGCACAAUUGGGGAGAUCAUCCAGGAGGCACUUGAGAGGCAUGCACUGGGUUUUGGCUUCCGUGAAGCAAACGCCGGGCCAGGCUUGGACACACAAAUGAAAUAUGAAGGUUUCUGGGUUGAGGUUAAGACAGACUGGGAAACCGGUUUUGUGAAAGGCGGCAGCCAAUGGAACUGCGGAACUUGGAUGGACAAGAUGGGAGAGAGUGAAAAGGCGGGGAACAAAGGAUAUCCUGGUACCCCAAGAGAUGGAUCAGCAGUUGAAAUCAUUGGCCUCUUGUACAGCACACUCAAAUGGGUCUCAGAGCUCAAAGCCCAGGGGAUAUACAAGUGGGACAGCGUUAAGACCAGCGAUGGGCAAGUGAUCACAUUCAACGAAUGGGCGGAUAAAAUCAAGAAAAAUUUCGAGAGAUGCUACUACAUUCCGAAAAACGCCGAUGAUGAUAAAAACCAUGUUGUCAACCUAGCAUGUGUUAAUAGAAGAGGUAUCUAUAAAGAUUUAUUCGGUGGAGGGAAAGAAUAUGAAGAUUACCAACUCAGGCCAAACUUUGCGAUCGCUAUGGUUGUUGCUCCCGAUCUUUUUGACCCUGAUCAUGCGCUAGGGGCAAUCGAGAUUGCAGAUGAAGCGCUGAGGGGGCCUACUGGUAUGGCCACGCUUGAUCCUACUGAUCGCAACUACCGGCCGUACUACCGUAAUUCGGAAGACUCAGAUGACUUCGCUACCUCAAAGGGACGCAACUAUCAUCAAGGCCCGGAAUGGAUUUGGCCUACUGGCUACUUUCUGAGGGCGAUGCUGAAAUUUGAUCUGCAGCGAAAGAAGACGAAGGAAGAAAAACUUGAGACACUUCUUCAGAUCAAUUUAAGGAUGGACGGCUGUCGCAAGGCUCUCUAUGAAAAUCCUUGGGCUGGUUUGGCUGAGUUGACGAAUAAGAACGGAGAGUUCUGUUAUGACUCGAGCCCUACACAGGCGUGGUCAGCUUCAUGCUUAAUCGAUGUGUAUCACGAUGCUGCAAGGAUCGACUUAUCAAAGUAA